UCACGUUUGCCACCGGCAGCCAACCAGUCGGGCCCAAGACCGCGGGCAAGAAACGAUUGGGGGCGAGUGAGCUCGGCUCCUGGUCUCCUGUCCGGGUACCCCCCCCCCGCCGGCCCGAGGCGCUAUAUCCUGCCUUCCCGGCCAUCUCCCACUCGUGGAAGCCGAGCGGCGGCCUCGCUGUAACGUUCUAGCGAGAUGUAGCGAGCCGGGGGUCGCGGCUGGACGCUCGCCGUGGCUGGGGGUCUAGGGGACACGCCAGGGCCGAGGAGGACUGCCGAGGAGGAGGAGUGAUGAGAAGAGGGGGUACCCGUCACCCCCCGAGACCACGGGCCCCUGCUGCCGCUCGCCAGGCGCCCCCUUCCUCCCACGCGAGGGGCAGGUAUUCCACACAAAUUCUCGUGACUUUAAGGACCAGGCAACUGGGGAGGUACCACGUCUUCCCAGGAGGGGAGGAAAUCUUGGGAAGAGAGGGGAAACACAGCAGACACAUCUCUGGGACCAGCCAAGCUUGAGGCACUGUGGAAAGCUGACAGAACCCAGCAGGAGAAGUGGGAAGGAACCUCAGCUCCAGUUCCAAAAGAUCUGAACUCAGUCUACUUUUCACCAGGGAGGGCCAGCUUCAGGGGGUCACUGCAAACUUGGGCUGAGCCCUUCUCUGGAUGCCUCUUGCUCUGAGGAGCCUGCUGCUGAGAACCAAAGAAGAUAAGAGGCCAGACCGAUUUUCCCAAGCCCAGCCCAGGGCAACCCAAGCAGGCACCUUCUAGUAGCAGGCAGCCGUGUCUAGUGAGGAGUUUCUUGUUUUCCUCCAGCUUAGGCUGUAGUGCUUGAUGGGGCUGCCUGUAGGUGGAUCAGUUUUUGCAUUGCCUGGUAGGAGCAGAGAGCCACAGGACAAGCCUGGGUUCACACCAAGACUAAGUUCUUUCCCAAGUUAGAGAAAGAGAAAGCAGGAAAAAAAGUACUCCUCUCUUCUCCUCCCUGCCCGUCAUGUCCUCUAAGCCAGAGCCAAAGGACGUCUACCAGCUGAAUGGGACUGGCCCUACUCCCUCUCCCUGUGCUUCAGAUGGCCCCGGGCGCGACCCGUUGGCUGGGACCUCAGAGUUCCUGGGGCCUGAUGGGGUUGGGGUGGAGGUGGUGGUAAUUGAGUCUCGGGCCAACGCCAAGGGGGUUCGGGAGGAGGACGCCCUGCUGGAAAACGGGAGCCAGAGCAACGAAAGUGACGACGUCAGCACAGACCGUGGCCCUGCACCACCCUCUCCACUCAAGGAGACUUCUUUUUCCAUUGGGCUGCAAGUGCUAUUUCCCUUCCUCCUGGCAGGCUUUGGAACUGUGGCUGCCGGCAUGGUGCUGGACAUUGUGCAGCACUGGGAGGUCUUCCAGAAGGUGACAGAGGUCUUCAUCCUGGUUCCUGCGCUGCUGGGGCUCAAGGGAAACCUGGAAAUGACUCUGGCGUCAAGGCUGUCCACCGCAGCCAACAUUGGACAAAUGGAUACACCCAAGGAGCUCUGGCGGAUGAUCACUGGCAACAUGGCCCUCAUCCAGGUGCAGGCCACGGUUGUGGGCUUCCUGGCGUCCAUUGCCGCCGUCGUCUUUGGCUGGAUCCCAGAUGGCCACUUCAGUAUCCCGCAUGCCUUCCUGCUGUGUGCCAGCAGUGUGGCCACAGCCUUCAUUGCCUCCCUGGUGCUGGGUAUGAUCAUGAUUGGAGUCAUCAUUGGAUCUCGAAAAAUUGGGAUCAACCCAGACAACGUGGCCACACCCAUUGCUGCCAGCCUGGGCGACCUCAUCACCUUGGCGCUGCUCUCUGGCAUCAGCUGGGGACUCUACUUGGAACUAAAUCACUGGCGAUACAUCUACCCCCUGGUGUGUGCCUUCUUCGUGGCCCUGCUGCCUGUUUGGAUAGUGCUGGCACGACGAAGCCCAGCCACAAGGGAGGUGUUGUAUUCAGGCUGGGAACCUGUCAUCAUUGCCAUGGCCAUCAGCAGCGUGGGAGGCCUCAUCUUGGACAAGACUGUCUCGGACCCCAACUUUGCAGGGAUGGCUGUCUUCACACCCGUGAUUAAUGGUGUUGGGGGAAAUCUGGUGGCAGUGCAGGCCAGCCGCAUCUCCACCUUCUUGCACAUGAAUGGGCUGCCUGGGGAGAACUCUGAGCAAGCUCCUCGUCGCUGCCCCAGUCCUUGUACCACUUUCUUCAGCCCUGAUGUAAAUUCCCGCUCGGCCCGGGUCCUCUUCCUUCUCGUAGUCCCAGGACACCUUGUGUUCCUCUAUACCAUCAGCUGUAUGCAGGGCGGGCACACCACCCUCACACUCAUCUUCAUCAUCUUCUACAUGACAGCUGCACUGCUCCAGGUGCUGAUUCUCCUGUACAUCGCAGACUGGAUGGUGCACUGGAUGUGGGGCCGUGGCCUGGACCCAGACAACUUCUCCAUCCCAUACUUGACUGCUCUGGGAGACCUGCUUGGCACUGGGCUCCUGGCACUCAGCUUCCAUGUCCUCUGGCUCAUCGGAGAUCGAGACACAGAUGUCGGGGACUAACUUGGCCACUCAACCUUUUCCCCAUCCCUCUGCACUUUCUGUUUGAAUUUUGUCUUUUGUUUCCCUAUCCCUACUCCACCCCACACUUCUACAGCUUUUGAGGACUUCACUUUGAUAUCAAAUUCUCAUUAUUUUCAAUGGGAAUUUUUAUACAUUGAGCCAAGUUUGGAUAGCAAGAAUUCAGGAAGGACAGAUGGACUGAGAUAAGCAGUACAAGUAGGUUUCUGAGACAAUCACCAAGUGCAAUUCCGUGGUGGGUGCCUCUGAGUGAGGUGGGUUGGGGCUGGGGGUUUCUGUCUGAGAUCUGGAGACAUUUGAUUUAGCUUUAGCACUCUCAGUCUUGGCCCUAAUGAGAAACCCUUUGUGAAUGGGCUAUGGCUUUUGUUGUUUUCUUUGUUCUUUUUUUUUAGUUGAACAGAGGAAUAAGUAACACUUGCCCCUCCUACACACACACACAUGCAUUUGUAGAAGUGGACCAAUUUCAGAACAUUGGGCAGGAGACAAGCGGUUCAGUAAUUCUAGCUGUCUUUCCUGGACCGAGGCCCUGCUGCUCUCAGACAGAGAUGCGCUGGCCUCAGUGCUCAUGCCUCUCUCCUGAUUGCCUGGCCAGCAUCACCAACCCUCCCUCUGAUUGUUUUUCAUUCGAAUGUCACAUCUGAGAAGAAAUGAGGAGUGGCCUGGUUUCCCUGUUGAAUUAUGUCCAGCCAUAGAUUUUCUGCGGUCCCUGUCCUCUUCCUUGGGCUUGUGUCUCCAUCAGACCUCCUCUCUUGUCUCUAAGUGCUCCCCUCCCCAGAACCUGCUAGGUACAGUUCUGAGACUGAGAACAGAAAGGGUAUGUAGAGAAUGACUUGGAGAUUGAGGACAACCAGGGAUGUUUUGUUGCUGCUGUUUUUCCUGAGGACAUAAUCAUGUGAUCAUGUUGGCCUCCAUCACUUCCUAAAAGCACUUAUUUGACCAUGCCAGGGGGGUCAGGUAUCCUGUCCUUUGGCUUCUGCUGACAAAUAUUCAUUAUUCAUUCAUUCAGCAAACACAGCCUACCCAAAAUAAGCACUUCUGCAGGCUUGGUUUGAAACAUUCACUGAGAGUAAAUACUGGGUGUUAGGUAUUGUGCAGGCCCCAACCAGCUGGGGUAAAGGAAUCACAGUGCUAGCGUCACUUCAUUCCCAAGCUCCCACAGGCUACCUACCCCUUUCAGUCUUGCAGAGAAAGUUCCCUCCCUCCAGAUAUUCGUAUCUAUUUUGCUGAGCUAGGUUUGGCCUCAUUCUCCCUCCAGACCCCAACUCUGCAAUGCUCACCACGGCUCAGACCACAUAACACCUCUGCUCACCUUCUGUUCCCGCAGCCUCUGCGCCUCACGUUCCCAGAAGAGGAUUUGGAAUAGCAUGCUGGGCGUCAGCUGUCUGCUUCUACUUCUCUCUGCCUAGCACAAAACUGAGAGACGCCAAAGCCUCUACCUCUUCCCCUCUUCUCCUGAACAGCCAGCUUCACUCACACAUGCAAAUGCAGGCACUGGGCUGCAGCCUUUUUCUAGCCUAUCCGUGAGAGCCCGCCUCCCAGGGAGGUGUGAGCAGUGGCCCCGUGACUGUCAGAACCAUGCCUUCAUCCCAGAGCUUGCCCUAGAUCUCCGAAGCAUCCUUUCUGUCCCUUUACCCUCCUCCCAGGCCACCUUGGGGAAUCUAGAACCUUGGAAUCUGAAGCAGUCACAGAGGUUAUCAAGUUAGAGUUGUGCCCAGCAGAGUUCAUUAACACUAGCCUGAGCUCAUUUCUGCUCUGGCCUUUUCCACCACCUCAGAACACACCUGCACACAGACUUGUACAGACACCCUACCCUGAGGCUGUGCCCGGGUGUUCAGCCACGUGUCCUCCCCUCAUCUCUAGAGUUCAGCCAAGCUGUUCUGGAGGGCUGCAGAGCACCCGUCCUCUGCCUAGAAAGCAGAGAAGCGGGCAUGGCCGAGCCUCGGAGCAUGUGAGCAGAGGAGGACUGUGGGGUGGGAGGGAAAAAAAAUGGAAGUGACUUCAACGGAGGAUUCAUUUCUCUCCCCGAUUACAACUGCAUGUACUUUUGGCCUGGCUGCAAGGAACAAUAUCAGUUUACUCUUGUAUCCUUCAAAAGUUACAAAACUGUGUCUUAAGAGAAUUAUUUAUAGUUACUAUAACUGAAUUGACAAAUGUCAAAUUAACUGAUAAAUUAUAUUUGGUAAAAUAAAGAGGAUGUUUAUUUA